UCACAGACAUUAGAAACAGAUUAUUUCACCCUAACACACCGACUCCUUCAUUCUGCAGCCGUCGCCGCCGCCGGUGACCUGAACCACUGACCGUCAUCUGUCGUCCCUCCCACAUCGACGCUUGGUUUUUCAUAUCAAGUGAGAAGAGGAUAAGGUGAAUGUCUUACUGUCUACGUGGAUUUUAUCAAUCUUCCAGUUCCAUAACUGAUCUGUUUAUUGGGAUUAAUUGAGCAAGAAGGUAUAAAUAGCUAAAAGUACACCGUUUAUAUAUCUUCAUAGCUUGAGAGAGAGUCCAAUCAAUAUACUUGAACAAAAAAGAUGGGAUAUUUAGCUACUCUGCAAAAUAAUAUUUUCUGCUUCCAUUCUUUGAAUGGUCUGCGUGGGUGUAACAAACAAGAGAGUUGUAUUUUGGGUGCUAGUUCUGCUUUGGAUCGUAGUUCAAGUAACAAAUCACCUUUGCUACACCAAAUUUGUUUUAGUGAUUACUUUUGUACAACUAAAUAUCCUUUGCUGCGGAAAGGGUUGCAGUGUAGAAGUUUGCAGGGAAAUGUUUUAAUUGAUAGAGUUAAUAAAGUUGACCAUGAAGAUUUGGGCUUUGAAAGUUAUUAUGUUAGGGACAGGAGAAAAUCCAGGGAACUAGAGGAUUCAAACAAGUCUAUAGAUUCUCCAGCUAUGUUACCAGAGGGACCAUUUGUCAGAAAUGAUGAGAAGAAUAACAAUAAAAUUCUUCAGAAACUAUGCAUUCAGGGGAGGUCAAUGACUGCAGCAAGGUUGAUUGAUAUUAUGGCACGUAAAAGCCAAAUACCCCAUUUCCCUUCUUGUGAAAAUUUGAUUCGAGGUUUUAUCAGAAACAAUCAGGUAGAUAAAGCUUGCCAAGUCAUGAAGAUUAUGGUCAUGUCUGGCGGUGUUCCUGAUAUAAUUACGUACAACAUGGUUAUUGGUGGCCUGUGUAAAAUUGGUCAUUUAAGAUCUGCUGUUGAUCUGGUAGAAGAUAUGAGCUUGAGUGGUUGCUCCCCAGAUGCAAUUACUUAUAAUAGAAUAAUUCGCUGCAUAUUUGAAAAGGGAAAUUUCAGCCAGGCUGUUACUUUCUGGAAGGACCAAUUGAGAAAAGGGUGCCCUCCUUAUCUGAUUACCUAUACUGUGCUUCUUGAGCUGGUCUGCAGAUAUUGUGGGGCUACUCGAGCCCUAGAAGCACUGGAAGAUAUGGCAAUGGAAGGCUGCUAUCCCGAUAUCGUUACAUACAAUGCUCUUCUAAAUUUUACUUCUAAACGAGGGAAAUAUGAGGAUAGUGCUUUGGUUAUAUUUAAUCUUCUAUCCCAUGGGUUGCUGCCCAAUGUUGUGACAUACAAUACUCUUAUCCACUCUCUUAGCAGCCAUGGGUAUUGGGAUAAAGUUGAUGAUAUUGUGAAGAUUAUGAAUGAGACUUCCUGUCCUCCUUCACUUGUUACUUAUAAUAUUCUGCUAAAUGGUUUAUGUAAAUCUGGACUUCUGGAUCGUGCCAUAAGCCUCUACAGCACAAUGGUUUCUGAGAACUGUUCACCAGACAUUAUAACUUACAAUACGCUUCUAAGUGCUAUGUGUAAAGCAGGGUUUAUAGAUGAGGGCAUCCAGUUGCUUUACCUAUUGGUAGGUACUAGCUGUUCUCCUGUGUUGGUCACCUAUAAUACCGUAAUUGAUGGGUUGGCUAAAAUGGGAUCUAUAGAAUCGGCAAAAAAAUUGUAUGAUGAAAUGGUGGAAAAAGGAAUUGUUCCUGAUGAAAUUACUCACAGUUGUUUAAUUAGGGGUUUUUGCCAAGUGGACCAACUUGAGGAAGCUGUGGAGCUAUUAAAGGAGAUGUAUAAGAACGGACAAAAGAUAAAAAAUACUACUUAUAGAUGUAUAAUCCUUGGAUUAUGCAAACAAAGGAAGGUUGAUGUUGCAAUUCAAGCUCUAGAUUUGAUGGUAAAAAGUCAGUGCAAGCCAGAUGAGAGGAUAUAUUAUGCUUUAACUAAAGCUGUGGCUGACGGGGGUAUGGUAAGAGAGGCUAAUGAUCUGCAUCAGAGGUUGAUCGAAUGGAAGAUUCUAAAAGAGGAAAUUGUGUUGAAUUAGUUGGAGUUUGCACAUAAAGAUUGGCCAAAUCUCAAACUCUUCUGGCCAUGUACAGAUUAUACAGUCAUAUCAGGAUAUAGUUGUUGGGAAGUUUUGAUAGAUAUUCACUUGGGAACUGCAAAGUCCAACAGGAUCGGUAGCUGAAGUUGACAUGAACACGUCUUCGUGUCAAAUUAUUUUUAAUGUCAAUCCAAUCUUCAAGUUUGCAGAUUUUAGAAAACUCGAUGUGGAUAAACAGUGUAUUGUGAUCCUUUUUUUGGUUUUGGUAGUUAUAAGCUCGUUUUUGUUGACUUAAUGGCAUUGUGUACCAUCUAAAAGGGAUUGAAGUCAGUCGCUAUGCUGCACAUAUACAUUUGCUCUUAGGUUUUUUUUUUUUCAUUUUUGUGUGUAGAAGAAACAUGAAUGUGAAC